UAAAACGGCCGACCGUCAAAUUCCCAGCCUGGAUGACUGUAUACACAAUAUACAAAUAUACACAUUGUAUAUCUGGCUAUUAGAAAUCUGGAUAGUUGGCAUAUUUGGACGCAGCAAUGCAAAUUCUGAAAGGGAAAACUUCAGCAGGGCCUUCGGUGGUCACAUGGAGAUGCAAAAAAAUCUCUACAGUGAGACCUUUAGCUUAUGCUGCAAACUUUUGCUGCAAGAAGCCAAAAGAAGCGAAGGAUAUGAUUUUUAUGAGGUUGCAUGCUGAUAGAGAUCAUUCAAAAGGCAGGAUUCAAUCAGUAGACCCGGUGAUAGAUUCACGUGUAUCAGUACCCUUCGUGAAGAUGUGUGGGAUUACCUCUGUACAUGAUGCGGUUCUUGCUGCAGAAGCAGGUGCUAAGUUCAUCGGUAUGAUUUUAUGGCCCAAGUCAAAAAGAUCAGUGUCACUACAUGUUGCAAAGGAAAUCUCAAAGGCUGUGAGGGAUCACGGGGCAGAGCCUGUGGGUGUUUUUGUUGAUGAGGAUGCUAAUGAGAUUGAACGAGCAUAUGAUGCGACAAACAUUGCCUUUGCACAGCUUCAUGGAAAUGGUGCACGGCGUGCCCUUUCAAGUUUGGUGCAACAUCGCAACAUUAUAUAUGUCUUGCAUGUGGAUAAAAGUGGAGUGCUUCUGACAAAAAACCCUAAAGAAGAAUGUUCAGCUUUGGUUGAUUGGAUUUUGAUUGACAGCUUGAGUGGUGGAAGUAGUUUCUUUGUUUCAGUGGUCAAAAGUUUGAUUGGGAGAAUGUACAAGUUCCAACUGAUUCUAGUAAAAAUGGAUGGUUGCUAGCUGGUGGCAUUAACCCUGAAAAUGUUAGUGAAGCAAUAUCAAUUCUCAGACCAGAUGCAGUGGAUGUAUCUAGUGGGAUUUGUGGCCCUGAUGGUAUCCAAAAGGAUGCUGCUCGUAUGCUUUCGUUUAUGCAUGCAGUGAGGCAAAGCAAAUGAAACAGUUUGAUCCGUGCCACUGAAUGAUUAUAUGAGAAUUUGAUGCACUGAUUCUCAAUUUCAACAGACAGCUUUAUAUAGGCAGUACACACGAUUAUAUUUACGAGUCAGAUAUAAGAUUUUUGUAGUCUCCAGAGUUCUCACUCAGUGUUCUCUCAAUUUACAGAUGCAAAUCUCUCUCAUGAUUUUAUAUCCUUCAGCCAUUUAGUAUGUUUGGCACGGCUACAAAAAACAUCCAGCAAAACAAAUUUAGCAAUCUUUAAGGGGGCGAAAUGUUCUCUAAAUAGAAUCCUUUGAGUAAA